UAUCAAACGCGGAGAAGAUCGUGAAUUUUGUUUUGUUUACAAAUGGAGGAAAAUGUGAAAUCAGUUCAAAAAGGAUUUUUAAUGCUAAUUUCAAGCUAAUUAUGAUAUCUUUUCGGAACUUGGAAUAAUCAACAACAAGUUUGAAGAUGAAAAGAUCUGGGAGUUCUACCAAUGCUUUGUUGAACAAGGUUUCCUCCCAGUUGAAAGGGGAACGUGUAAAGAAAGUCGAUGAUGAGGAUGAGGCUCUUAAUGCAUACAUCAAAUCACUAUCCCAGAAAACUGCUCAGCAGAGGGGGAAAUCUGUUGAUUUUGAGGAGAUGGGUGAUAUUUCUAUAUCAAGUGAACUAGACACUCAUGAUACGUCUUCUUCAAUGAAGCGGAGAGCAUUAACUACAUCUGGGAGCAAAUUUUUAAAGAAGAAAAUAACCGGAGAUACAGCCUCUCAACCAAUGUCUAAAUUCUUGAGGAAGCCCCAGGUUUCAUCAGCUAGUCCAGUACCAACUGUUUCUGAACAAAUAAGGGGUCAUAUUGAUCAAAAGUCUGCCCAGAAACCAGGUCAAAGGUCUGUCCAGAAAUCAGGUCAAAUGUCUGUCCAGGGUCAGAGAUCAGCAGCUUUAGAAAAAGCAUCAGUUUUAGCCAAAAAAAUUACGCAGAGAUCAAAUGAGAAUAGAAAAGUGUUUACUUUAGAAACAGACAGUGACUCAAUGGAGACACCUCGUCAAAUUACAGAGUCAGACAGUUUUAAGAUUGGAAAGAAUUCUGGGAAAUUUCUGAAGAAGAAACCACAGUCAGCAGAGCCCGUUGUAAUAAGUAACAGACCCUCUAGUCCUAAACCACAACAGGCACAGAAAGCUAAAGGUUCUCCUUUUAAAUUAAAAAGUUCCACGAAAUAUUCAACAGAUGUAGUACUGUCAUCAGGAGAGGAGAGUUUACAAGAAUUUAUAUUUGCUGAUGGUAGUGACGACAGUGGCAGGAUGGUUGUCAAGGGAGGAACCAUUAGGAACAUAUUAAGUAGCAAGACCAGACAAGAGUUCCGAAAGAGAUCCCAGUCACCACACAGAUCUAUGUCACCUGAUUCUAAACCACCAACACCAUCAUCAAGGACACCAAGGAGAUCACCUUCACCUAAAAUAGGGAGAAGGUCACCAUCUCCUGGUCUUAGAAGGUCAAGGUCACUGUCAGAAGAUACUGUAGCCAGUGAUAUAAUAGAAGAGGUUAAUGAGAGUGACCCACACAGUGCCAGUUCAGAAGAUGUAUUCAGAGUGAAUUUAAUGGAUGCUGACACCCUGGAACCUGUCAUUAUUGCUAAACCAAACAUCUCUGAAAGGAAGUCAAGGAAUGUAACAAAGAAAAAAGUAGUCAAUAAAAUAAAAAAAGAGGAAAAGAAGAAGAAAAAAGAGAAAAAGAAUGAUGACAUAUUUAGUGCGCUAGGUCUACACACUGUAGAAGAAUUAUUAGGUGAUAUCCAAGACUUGGAAGAACCUCGAAGUGAAGUAUCCGAGAUAAAGACUCAAUCAGAAUCAGAGGAAAUUAAAACAGAGAGAUCAGAUCAGAUGUUAGGAGGACAGAAAUUGAAGGAUUCACGAUCAGAAAUGAUAGUAUCAGAAAUAAAGACCCGGUCAAUUACCCCUAAAUAUAGCUCCUACUCAGAAGACUUUGACAGUAGUAUAUCAGAACGUAUUGGUGAAAGUGAGAAAAAACCUAAAAUGAAAUCAUAUUCUGAAAUAAAGACUCAGUACAGUGAUGAGGAUGAAACAGAGGACAUAAGUGAGAGGUUGAGUAGUGACUCAGAGUCAUUAAUGACAGAAUCCAGGGCUACACCCACCUCUGACAGAACCAUUACAGAUUCUUAUACUUACAGUGACACACCAGCACCAAGACGUGACAGAGUAAAGACCCACACAGUGGAGGUCCAAACAUCAGAACCAGGACUACAGUAUCAAUGGGACUCUAAGUAUUCUGGAUUUGCUGUACCAGGUUUUCUAACAGGACUAGGAAUGGUGGACCCCACACCUAUAGCAACACAUGUGGUCAGUCCAGAUGCUUUAGAAGCUAUGACAGCGUACAGUCCAGCCAUGUUGGCACUCCAUGAUAUGUUAAAACAACAGUUAGAUCUGACUAAGCAGUUUAUACAGUCUCAGAAAUAUCUGUACACAUCAUUUACAGACUCUAUGGAGACAACACAUAAAUAUACAACACUAGAGGAUACAAGACAGUAUAUAAAGAAACACAGACCAAAGACAUUGACUUUUAAACAAGCUAUGAAACUAGUGAAAUCAGAAAUGAAACAGUAACAUGGAGUAAGACUAUAAUACGAAAAAUACAAGAUGGAGUUUACUAUUGAAGGAACCAAGAAGUGGAUUCACAUGGGGACAAGUAUUUGAACAUUUUAAAUAUUGAUCACCUACAGUACUUUAGAUUCAAAAAUUUUACGAUUGACUGAAUGUUAAGUUACAUGGCUGCAUUUUUGUAAAACAUUUAAAUAAUGAUAUACUCAUCAUUAGUCUCAAUUAAAUAAGUAGGGUUGUGCCAAGCAAUAUUUUAGAGAAAGACUGUACUUUUAUAGAGAGAUAUUUGAAUGUACAUUAUUUAUAUCUAUGUAGAAUGAAAUGUUAGGUUUAACAUAUGAUCAGUUUAUUUUUAAAAAAACACAAGUGUAGUAAUGGAAGAUAUUAUGACAUAUGUGCUAAAUAUAAAGAUAGGUAUGAAAGUGUGCAUUGUAUGUAGGUUGUAUGAUCUAACAUCAAAAAGUGGAAUCUAGCAGAUGAGGAUCGAUAGCUUUUUUACCUUACAUAGUUUUAUAGAAAAUUCAAAUUUAUAAAACAUGAGUACAAACUGCUAAGAUCAGUGUUAGCUAACUAUUUUUAUAUGUUUGAUGAAAGAACGAAAGUUUUGUUAAACUUUAACUCAUGAAAUGACUGUGAUAUUCUAAAUUAUUGUAGAAAUAAAUUUAUAUGUUAUAAUUCAG